CCUAUCAUCGGUGCCUUCAAUUUAAUAUCUACUUUUACUUUAAAUACAAACAAACCAAACCAGUAACUCUAUAUUUCUAAUCCAGAAAUAGCCAUUCAAGCCCCCACAUCAUAUAAAAAAAAACACCAUCUUCUUCUUCAUCAUCAUCUUCCCGGCAUAAGAUCAAAUGGCUGCAACAUACUCUUCUUCACCUGCUCUGAUAAUUCAAAAAGCUUGCCCAAUCAAGAAGCAUGUUACUAGGGUGCUGAUGAUUGCACAGAAUCAAAUCUCAGUUAAGAAAACGUUUUCACUUCAGAUCAGAUCCUCCUUUAAGGAAAAGGUUUUCGAAGAUCAGUCCAAGGGUAUCAUAUGUUACAGAGAUGUGAAGGGGGAGAUAACAUGUGAAGGGUUCGACGAGGGCCCUCGUCUUCAACAAUUUUCAAUAAUGGCAUGUAAUCCAAGAGAUGCUGACAUUAUUGAUCUUCUGCAAAAGUGCUGGCUUCAAAUUGCUGAAGAUGUUGAUCUUGACCAUAAUGGCAAAGGUGUUGGUGGGCAAAAAGACUUCAACUGGAAUGGUUUCAACACGUUCUACUAAUAAAUACAUGUAUAAUCUCUAUGCUUAUAUAUAUAUAUAUAUAUGUGCACUAUAUAUCAUGUAAAGACAGGCUUUCUUCUAAUGAUAUAUUGUAAACAUUAAUUUCGCCUAA